AUGGAAGAAACAGAGCUUUACUUUGCUUUUGGGUCAAAUCUGAGCGCAAGAAAAAUGCGGGAACGCGGCACUAGGUUCAUCUCUCGCGAACGCGCAGUACUUCGAGGAUUUCGCGUCGUAUUCAGCAUAUGGAAAGACGAUGGCUUUGGUUAUGCUAGUAUUAUCCCAGAUAAGGAGUCAACCGUUUAUGGUGUCUUGUACAUCUGUUUAAAAGGAAGUUUAACCAAGUUAGAUGAACACGAAGCAGGGAGGCUUCGGAGAGUGAACGUACAGGUGGAACGAAAAAGCGGCGAAAUCGUGGAUGCGACAGCGUAUCAAGCUUAUGAAGUAUCUUACUCUCCUUAAUUUUCGCGGUUCUUAAAUUCGCGAUUUUCGGGAUUUUAAAAAAUUCGCGAACUUAAAGACCCGCGAAAAGGAAUCCAGUGGUUUCGCCCCGUAACGAGUUCGCCCCGUUAUAGUUCGCCCCUCAAGGAACGUGGUUCGCCCCCUAAAACGAUCGAGUUCGCCCCAUGUACAUCUGGAUCAUGUUUAUCUACUAGUGUCAAUACGCUAACCUUUUUUUGUUUGUGUCUCCUUGAAGUUUAGAGUUCAACAUCGACUUGAUGCGUGUGCUACAUAGAGGGAAACUCGCUCACGGUAGAAUUCGAUUUUGUGUCGCACGUUAUAUUAGUGCGUUACAAUAAACAUUUUUAAUAAAGUCUGCAAGUCCUUUACUUUUCCGUUCGACAAGAUAAAAAAAAUCUUGUGUUUGUUAUGUUUGGCCGUCGUCCUGCAUUUAACUUCGAAGCGAGUUUGAGUUAAUCUCUCGUAAAAUUGGCGUUGUUUUUUUACGCGAUGGAACUUGAUACACGUGAACUUUUUCGUUACCUAGCACGUGACUGCAACUACCGUGAUGAAAAAUUGUGCGAUGUUUCAAAAGCGGAUUGCAUUGCACGAGACUAUAUAUUGCUCUCAAAGCUCAGAAGCUCUUGGAGGUUUCUGAAGUUUUCUGAAGCUUUACAUGUAUAUUCAAAUAGGAACUUUUACGUACGCAAUCACGUCUCACAAACAGCGAAGGGCGGAAUAUCAAACUGAGAUGCUAUCGCGAAUGGCGAAACAGCAAUUCAGUUACAAGCAAUGUUUUCAGCGAAAUAAGACCCUGACUGCAGACACCGAUGACCAGAAAUUCAACUGUGAUAAUGCCGAUGGACAUUCACAAACAGGCAGUGUCGGGAAGUUGAAUUCGAAAGACAAGCCGUGAGAAUAAAGGCUACGAGAAGCGCCUUGAGACUUUGUUUACAUAGCGUCGAUCGAACAUUUAUUUACACAAACUUUCUUUUAUUGUGGAUUUGACAGAUAUAAAGUCAUGGAUUGUAUUCAAGUUCCGCUAGUGAAGUAACGACUUCUGCUAUUGGAUACAGUGUUGACAAUUGAAAGAGCGUGACAUAAACCAAUAAAAAUUUAUGGUGAAUUGUGAAUGAAACUUCCCUUCGAUAAAAUAGGCAAGUAAGCGGAGGAACUGACACGCUGCGACGAUUGAAAACUAUUAAGUAAACUAUUAAGUUUUUGAGUGGGAAGAUCAAAAACUAAAUAAUUUAUCGCUUAUAACUCCAUUGUAUGAACUUGUGACUUUUCAUGACAAUAAGGCUAAUUAGCGUCCCACGCGCGGCUAAUAAGAAAGAAGGUGUGAUUUUUUUUUUUUACUGUCUAGUGCUCUCUUUGCACUUAGAAAGUAAAGACGGAAUUUUCGUUUUAACUUAAACAACUGAAUCCUUCCUGUCUUUUAAAUUCCAAAUAAAUCGGACGCAGCAUUUCAUUGCCACCGAAAUUAAAAGUUUUUAAAAAAGUUCAAUCUUUUGUUGCAUUAGUGCAUUGUCUAACUCUGUUGUUAUUGUAGCAUUGAACGCAUUUUAAUUAGUUUACUUUCAUAAAGGCUUCUAAAUGUAAUUUCCAUUAACCAAUCAAUUGGCUGCAAUUUUGAUCCGUUGUAAGCAAGGGUUUAGCUAUAAAAGGCCUACUUCCAUUUUUAUCGCCAUCCGUUCAUUUGAACACUAUAGCCUUCAGUCUAUCACUCAUUCGGAAAAUUCAGGAAACGUUAAAAAAGCAACAUGGCAGAUGAAGAUUUGUGCAUCGCGUGUACAUUGAUCGUGACUACUCGCCAGGAAGCCCUGCAGUGCGACGGCUGUCAAAAGUGGCAGCACCGAGUUUGCAACACGGGCAUAUCGCGUCCGGAGUACAGAAAUGCCGUCCGAGCUGGAACUGACAUUCCAUGGGAGUGUCAAACUUGUGUGGUAUCUCACAUGCCCAACUUCGAGAGCACCAGAUUUGAUGAAGGUAAGUCAGCUGUUAUAGUCUAUUCUUGAUAUGUUGGAUAACAUUCUUCUUAUAUUGAAGAAGCUAGUUAAAUAUCCGCUAGACCUCAGUUCUCAUCUUGACUUGUUUAAUCGACAGACUUUACCGCAUCACAAACUGUGUUGUCUGCCGAAUCCAUUGCAGAAGCCGCCGGACUGGAGGAGGAGAUGAAUUCCACCAUUUAUGACCCACCAAUGGUAAGUAUGGUUUAUAACUAUGAAUGGGAUCAAACAUCGGAGUACUAGCCACAUUAUUCACGAUAUAACUGAUUAUCUUUCUCUUUUUUCAGCAUUGGUCAAUCGAUAGCCAGUGGAUUCGCGAUUCGGUAACGAGUUCACCCGUUCGCGUUCACCUGUACAUCAACACACCAUGGUAAGUGUUCGACAAAUGACAGUUUAACAAUGUGUACCACACUUCUACGCAUGGUUAUAUAUAUAAUUAAUCGAAUUAAUAACUACGGGUUUAUUACGACUGAUCUAACUAGCCACUUAAUUUCUGUUUUCACUUAAGUCCUUAGGGCUUCAAUCUGAUCCGGAUCCAGCUGAAUCAUCAUUAGAAGAUCCUGAUCCGCAAACCCUGGAGAAUACGGCCGGUCAGUUCUCCCUUAUAUUUGAGCUUGUCGAGGAUUCCACCAAGAGAGGAAAAACAAAACUUGUGGACAACCACGGCUACACGUAUAAUGUUAAGAGACGUCGUGGGGAUAAUACAGACUGGCAGUGCACCGUCCGACCAAGGGUAUUUUGAUUUUUUUUUGGUUUCUUAAAGUCAUAGAAUAUGUCAAGUAUAAGAAAUAGAAUGGAAGGAAAUAGUAACAAGCACGACGAAUAUAAAAGCAGUUCUUGUGUACCUUAACAAAGCGGGGUCUAUUUGCUUUUCUUUGUCAGGUCGACCCGUGUAAGGCCACAGUAACACAAAGAGCCGACGGUGGAUUCGUCCCAGGUAAACAGCAGCACAACCACCACUAAAGCACUAAAACAUUGUGAUUAUACAAACGUUUGUAAUUUUUUUUCAACCAAACUGAUAGUAUAUGUGUAGCAGACUGACUUGGCGCAGUAGGCUUUUGGCUGUGACGGGGACCGUACUUAUGAUCCUUUCUCAUUGCAUUACAGGUUCGUGGUCGCCAUUCCCGCCGUCACCUCAUAUUUGCCACCGAUCAGCAGCUUGAUGUGCUUUCCAGAUCCAAGAGUUGGUAUAUAGACGGUACCUUUAAGCUCUGUCGCCAUCCGUUUACACAACUGGUCUCCAUCAACGCUUUCGUGAGAACCGAAGAUCACGCCAAGCAGGUUCCAUUGGUGUUUGCCCUGAUGUCCGGCAAAAAGAAAAAGGACUACAAGGCGGUGUUUAAAGCAGUCAUCGAGAUGUUGCCUGUUCAACCCGCUGUUAAGGGCAUCGUUAUCGACUACGAAAUGGCUGUCUGGUCUGCGAGAAUGCAGCGCAGCGUCUACCGCCAACUACAAUCAAGAAUCUUUACCCUGUGGGAGGAAUACAAGUCAGGCGAGAGGACGACCGCGAACCUUGAUCUGGCGAAAUUUAAUGGACAUAGAAAAAUCAUGUAUUUGUGUUUUCAAGGGUCCUAAACAAUUUUUAACACAAGGUGUUAGUACAAGGAGCUAUCAUCUAUCAACUUUAGAUGUUAAUUUAGAUUCGCCUCAAGUUCUUCUUCGGCGUCUGAGUAAUCAUCUUCACACAGUUCCUCCAAUACAUCCUUUGUACAGUCGUCAAAUUGACCAUCCUGUCCCGGCUCCUUGUAGUGUGUAGUUACGAGUGUCUUGUAUCUUUCCAUUAUUGCCCUGUUCCUUGCUGUAUCUGAUUAGUAUACAGAAAAAUUAUUUUUCGGUGAAGCAGCAACUGUCUUUAUUGCAAAAGAAAUCAGACAAACACGUGCUUUACUGGUAGAUGUUAUCAAAGAAACUACAGGCAACAUACAAAGGUCAGAUCUGUAGGGAGCAACUCGCUGUCGCAUGAAACAUGUAUUUAUGUAAGCUUAUAUAAGCUCACAUGCGAAACGAUUUUUAUGAUCGACACCCAAAGCUAUCACAUAGACUUAAAUAUGCUUCUAUAUAUUUAAAAAAGAUUCAGAAUGUACUUACGAAACAACAAGGAUCCAUGAUUUAAAAUAGGCGUUCUUUCUUCUCAAUGGUUGUUGAAACACUCAGUGUGCAUUCGAGUCGCCAAGAGUGAACACUGAACUCCUUCGUCACCGCUUCCAUGGGAUUUGGCGUUUCAUUUAAAUAGUUUUUCGAACUAUUAUUCCUCCCUGCAGUCUAUGUCCGCAAUCUAUCACACUCUCCUCGCUCAUCUUCACAAAAAAAAAACGGCCCUGCAUGUACAAAGCACCAAAAUGGAAGGCGAACCGACAGCGAAGAAUGUUCAAAAGGGCGCGCGAUUCAAAAUUCAACGUGAAAGAGAGGCAAGCAUGCUCGUAAGACUCACGCCUCCAGAGCGAGGCAAAAUGCGUGCAAGCGUGUUAAAAAAUCAUUUAUAAUUUAUUUUUCUGUUUCUAAAUUGUUUCAAAUUACGCUUCAAUGUUUGGAGCGUUAAUAAUUUUAAUAACACAUCUUUGAAUCUCUUAGAAAAGAAAGACAGAGGAAAUCAUCUAUCACUUUUCCAGUAUUUACGACGCGUAGUUUAGCGCAGGCGAUUAUCUCUGUUCUUUCGGACAUUCUAGGUCAAUGCAAUGAUUCCUCAUCUUGCCUGAAGCGCAAUCAGUACAGUUAAAACAAAUUUUAUCAUAUGAGAAACCAGGGAUUGAUCAUGAAAACCACCGAAUUUCAGUACAAAACCGCUUGCGGAAACGCAAUGGAAACGAGCUGACACGUUUAAGUCAACGCAAGCGCUGCGGAAACACGAAACAAUGCCUCCAUUUUCAUGUUACACGUUUCCCGUCGUAACCGUCCUGCGAAAACGUAACGAAAUUUUGAACCAUCGGGUUUCCGCAACAUUUCGGAAUUGCGGAAACACCUUAUUUCACCCUGUGAAAGUCACUUAAUCGUCAAUUUCGCGAAAUUAAAUUCCCUGCAAACACAAUUUUUCUCCGCGAUCGCGAAAUUAAAGACUCGCGAAAUGUGCCGAUUUAAGUCCCGCGAAAAUAAAGGAGAAUAAGGUAUGUUAAAGAGGGGCUAAAACCGAGCCAAAUUUAUCUCAACGAAAUACUUGAAGGAGAGGAUCUUAUUCCUAAAAAAUAUGCUGACUACUUUAGAAACUUCUUGUGUGACAAAACUGGGAAAUAA